GGAGGCGUGGCCACAAGGCUGAUUAAAGUAACCGCGCUAUAUAGAAGAGGGAGACCCCACGCGAGUCGCAGAGAGGGUGUGUUGUAGUUCGGGUUCGGCGUGAGGUCUUCUCUCAGGAAAGAGAGACAGGGAAACCUGAGGCGGAGGAGGUUGCCAUCGCGACGCGGCCAGAGUUUCGCGUCCAGGUUAGGCGCAGGCGCAGACGCGGCGGGAGAGGUCCCGGAGACCGCCGGCAGACAGAGCGCUGCUGCUGGGGAGCUGCUCCCGGGAUCGGCGGCCCCUCGGGCUUGGGGUCCUCCGUCGCGGCCAGAGACCCAACACCGCGAGGGCGGCUUGCCCGGGACUGAGGAGCGCGGACGGACCCGAACCACCGAUCGUCACCUAUGGCGGCCCUCGGCCCCAGCACCCAGAACGUCACCGAGUAUGUCGUUCGAGUUCCUAAAAACACAACUAAAAAAUACAACAUCAUGGCCUUCAACGCAGCUGAUAAAGUCAACUUUGCUACCUGGAACCAGGCCCGGCUGGAGCGAGACCUGAGUAACAAGAAGAUUUACCAGGAGGAAGAGAUGCCCGAGUCCGGCGCGGGCAGCGAGUUCAACCGCAAGCUUCGCGAGGAGGCGAGGAGGAAGAAGUACGGCAUCGUCCUCAAGGAGUUCCGGCCCGAGGACCAGCCCUGGCUGCUCCGCGUCAAUGGCAAAUCGGGCAGAAAGUUCAAGGGCAUAAAGAAGGGAGGUGUGACAGAGAACACGUCCUACUACAUCUUCACCCAGUGCCCCGACGGGGCCUUCGAGGCCUUCCCGGUGCACAACUGGUACAACUUCACGCCGCUGGCCCGGCACCGCACGCUCACUGCCGAAGAGGCCGAGGAGGAGUGGGAGAGGAGAAACAAAGUCCUGAACCACUUCAGCAUCAUGCAGCAGCGGCGGCUCAAGGAUCAGGACCAGGACGAGGAAGACGAGGAGAAGGAGAAGCGCAGCCGCAAGAAAGCCAGUGAGCUGCGCAUCCACGACCUGGAGGAUGACCUGGAGAUGUCGUCUGACGACAGCGAGGCCAGUGGCGAGGAAGGUGGCCGAGCCUCCAAGGCCAAGAAGAAGGCACCCCCCGCCAAGGGGGGCAAGAAGAAGAAGAAGAAGAAGGGGUCCGACGAUGAGGCGUUCGAAGACAGCGACGACGGGGACUUCGAGGGCCAGGAGGUGGACUACAUGUCCGACGGCUCCAGCAGCUCCCAGGAUGAGCUGGAGGGCAAGCCCAAGGUCACGCAGCAGGAGGAGGGCCCCAAGGGCGUGGACGAGCAGAGCGAGAGCAGCGAGGAGAGUGAGGAGGAGAAGCCGCCGGAGGAGGACAAGGAGGAGGAGGAGGAGAAGAAGGCGCCCACGCCUCAGGAGAAGAAGCGCAGGAAAGCAGACAGCAGCGACGAGUCGGACAGCUCGGAGGAGAGCGACAUCGACAGCGAGGCGUCGUCGGCCCUCUUCAUGGCGAAGAAGAAGACGCCCCCCAAGAGGGAGCGGAGGCCGUCGGGAGGCAGCUCGCGGGGCGACAGCCGGCCGGGCACACCCAGCACGGAGGGCGGCAGCACGUCGUCAACCCUGCGGGCCGCGGCCAGCAAGCUGGAGCAGGGCAAGCGGACGAACGACACGCCGGUGGCCAAGCGUUUGCGGCUGGAGCCGGGACCCCAGAGCCUGUCGGGGAAGUCGACCCCUCAGCCCCAGUCCGGGAAGUCGACCCCCAGCAGCGGGGACGUGCAGGUGACCGAGGACGCCGUGCGCCGCUACCUGACGCGCAAGCCCAUGACCACCAAGGACCUGCUGAAGAAGUUCCAGACGAAGAAGACGGGGCUAAGCAGCGAGCAGACGGUGAACGUGCUCGCCCAGAUCCUCAAGCGCCUCAACCCCGAGCGCAAGAUGAUCAGCGACAAGAUGCACUUCUCCCUCAAGGAGUGACGGCCCGGCGCCGCCCAAUAAACGAGCUCGGCUCCAGAACUUCCUGGGUGCUCGCCUCGUCCCUCCCCUGCGCCCCGAAUCCCAGAGCCCCGCCUCUUCGGUUCACGUCACCCUGGGGGUUUCCUGGGCGCCGCCUCACCCAGCGCGGGCCCCUCCUUCUGGAACCUUCCGCCGCACCUCUGAGCCUACUCUCAGUCCUAAGCCUUUUGCCUGCAGGGGUGGGGGGUGUUGGCUCUCUGGCUCUGGCUUCUCUGGUCCUAUUUUUGGUUGUAGCUUAUCCCCUUUCACCCACGAAGUGCUUCUCCAGCUCUUGGCUUCCUUUUCAGAUCACCUCGCCUCUAAGGCCUUCGAUCCCUUCUCUCACGUUUUUGUUUCAAGCAUCUGUCUUGUUCUGGUCUCUGCCAGACGCCUGAUUCCUUACCUGACGCCUCCUCACGAUUGACUGUUAUGCUGUAGAACUUCGAAUGGGGACCUGAGGCCGCCUCGGGGCUUUGGGGGGGCUGCUAGGCAGUCAGCUUUGCGGGCAAAUCCGCCGAUGCUUUUGCCUACGCUCCCACCUCCCACCGCGGUGGCCCAGGAGCCCUGGGCUGAGCCCGUGUUAGGUGGUUCUCAGCCAGGGGUUUCUCUCCCAAAGCUGCCCUGAAAUCCCAAGCCCUUUUGUUGUCGCUGUUGGACCCUGGGCCCUAUUUUUCAGCUUUCCAGCGAUGUUUCUAGGGCUCCCCGUAUUUCUAAUGACUCCGUUAUAUUUCUGUUUUAUCUCACAUUGCCAGUGUUCUGCCGUGGGAAGGUUUUUUGAGUCUAUGGACAGUUUCAGUGCUGGAAAUGGAAUUUGGCUCUGGC